GGGGCGAGGGCGGAGAAGGGAACGUGUGGCUGAGCCCACCCCUCCCGCGAGCCCUGCCCCACCUCGCCGAGCGCCGUCCGGCCGCCCGGGUCGCUGCCGCCCGUAGCUCGCUCCCGGAACGCCCAGGAGCCGAGGGGCCGUGAGAGCGCCGGCAACUUCGCAGCCGCCCCGGGGGCGCGGCUCCACCGGGUGCGUGUGUGAGUGUGCCUGUCGCCGGCGGCCUCCUGGGGGCAGCAGCGGAAAGGGGGACGAGGAGAAAGAGGCAGCCUCGGCGCACGGUGGCCCAGGAGGCAGAGGCCCCGCGUAACGCCGGCGGUGGAGGCACAAACUCCGCCGGGGCUGCGACCAGGACGUGUUCUUUAGGCGCGGCAGCCGCCCUCGCGGCCAGCGCUGGGACUUGCUUUCGGAUCGCGAUUCCUCUUGCCUGCCCCGGGGCAGUAGCAGCCGUGUGUGCCCACGGAGGAGCAGCGGCCCCGGCAGCAACAUCCCUAGUCCGGGCGGGACCCCUGAGCGCCGGAGUCGGUGGCUGGAGCAGGAAGGGAGGGUCGCGGCGCCCGCCCUCCUGGACUGACCCUGCCCGGCGCUCCCCGUGCGGGUUGCUAACAAUGGUGCGGAGCGCCGGCGCGAUCCCCGCGUCCGCCCAGCGGUGGUAGAGGAAGUGGCCAGCUCCGGGUGGGGUGGGCAGGGAGACGCCCCCCGCCACUCGCUCGCCGGAGUUUGCCGGCGCACCAGGCCUCCCCGGUCCCGAGCCCUGGGCUCCCCUCCGCAUCACCGACGGCAGCUCGAUCCGGAGAGUAUGGUGCCAGCGCCCGGGUUAAUCUAGUCCUCGGCUCGCUCCUUUUUUUCCCUCCUCUUCUUCCUCCUCCUCUCCCUCCUGUCGGUGCUGCCUCUGGGUUCACUGUGUGUGGGAGUACAACUCUGCCUCUCCAAGGAGACUGGUCGGUGACCCCCUAACAGAACUUGCCCAUUGAAAGCAAACCCAGUAACAGCUGGAUAAUGUCCACUCCGAGCAGAUUCAAAAAGGACAAAGAGAUCAUAGCCGAGUAUGAAAGUCAAGUCAAAGAAAUUCGAGCUCAACUGGUAGAACAGCAAAAAUGCCUGGAGCAGCAAACAGAGAUGAGAGUCCAGCUACUCCAGGACCUGCAAGAUUUCUUCCGGAAAAAAGCUGAGAUUGAGACGGAAUACUCUCGGAACCUGGAGAAGUUAGCAGAAAGGUUCAUGGCAAAAACAAGAAGCACCAAGGAUCAUCAGCAGUACAAGAAGGACCAGAACUUGUUGUCUCCAGUGAACUGCUGGUAUUUGCUCCUGAACCAAGUGAGGAGAGAAAGCAAAGAUCACGCCACCUUGAGUGACAUCUAUCUGAACAAUGUGAUUAUGCGGUUCAUGCAGAUAAGUGAGGAUUCCACUAGGAUGUUUAAAAAGAGCAAAGAGAUUGCGUUCCAACUUCAUGAGGAUCUAAUGAAGGUUCUUAACGAGCUCUAUACGGUGAUGAAAACAUACCAUAUGUAUCAUGCGGAAAGCAUCAGUGCAGAGAGCAAGCUGAAAGAGGCUGAGAAACAAGAAGAAAAGCAAAUUGGCAGAUCUGGGGACCCCGUCUUCCAUAUUAGACUGGAAGAGAGACAUCAACGGCGAAGCUCUGUAAAGAAAAUUGAAAAAAUGAAGGAAAAGAGACAAGCAAAAUAUUCGGAAAAUAAGCUAAAAUCGAUUAAGGCACGGAAUGAAUAUCUCCUAACCCUUGAAGCCACCAAUGCCUCCGUUUUCAAGUAUUAUAUUCAUGAUCUUUCAGAUUUAAUUGAUUGCUGUGAUCUUGGCUACCAUGCAAGUCUAAACAGAGCCCUGCGAACAUAUCUCUCUGCGGAGUAUAACCUUGAAACCUCUAGACACGAAGGCUUAGACAUCAUUGAGAAUGCAGUUGACAAUUUGGAGCCCAGGAGUGAUAAGCAGAGAUUCAUGGAGAUGUACCCAGCUGCAUUCUGCCCACCAAUGAAAUUUGAGUUUCAAUCUCACAUGGGUGAUGAGGUGUGUCAAGUCAGCGCACAGCAGCCGGUCCAGGCUGAGCUCAUGCUCAGGUAUCAGCAGCUGCAGUCCCGACUGGCCACGCUCAAGAUCGAGAAUGAGGAGGUGAAGAAAACAACGGAGGCCACCUUGCAGACGAUACAGGAUAUGGUCACCAUCGAGGACUAUGAUGUUUCGGAAUGCUUCCAGCACAGUCGCUCCACAGAGUCUGUAAAGUCUACUGUCUCCGAAACCUACCUGAGUAAGCCCAGCAUCGCCAAGAGAAGGGCGAACCAGCAGGAAACAGAGCAGUUCUACUUCAUGAAACUCAGAGAAUAUUUGGAGGGUAGUAACCUCAUCACAAAACUUCAGGCCAAGCAUGACUUGUUGCAAAGGACCCUUGGAGAAGGUCACAAAGCUGAAUAUAUGACUACAAGGCCUCCAAAUGUUCCCCCUAAGCCCCAGAAACACAGGAAGUCCAGACCCCGCUCACAGUAUAAUGCUAAGUUGUUUAAUGGGGAUUUGGAAACAUUCAUCAAGGACUCGGGGCAGGUCAUCCCCCUCAUUGUGGAAAGCUGUAUUCGGUUCAUCAAUCUCUAUGGUCUUCAGCAUCAGGGCAUCUUCAGAGUGUCCGGUUCCCAGGUGGAAGUCAAUGAUAUUAAAAAUUCAUUUGAGAGAGGUGAAAACCCUUUGGCUGAUGACCAGAGUAACCAUGAUAUUAACUCAGUUGCUGGCGUUCUGAAGCUCUAUUUCCGUGGGCUGGAAAACCCCCUCUUUCCUAAGGAAAGAUUUAAUGAUCUGAUUUCUUGUAUCAGAAUCGAUAAUCUCUAUGAGAGGGCGCUUCACAUCCGCAAACUCCUCCUGACCUUGCCCAGGUCGGUCCUUGUAGUGAUGAGGUACCUCUUUGCCUUCCUCAAUCAUCUUUCACAGUACAGUGAUGAGAACAUGAUGGACCCUUAUAACCUGGCCAUUUGCUUUGGCCCCACAUUGAUGCCUGUCCCAGAAAUACAGGACCAAGUGUCUUGCCAGGCUCAUGUGAAUGAGAUUGUCAAAACCAUCAUCAUCCACCAUGAGACUAUUUUCCCAGAUGCUAAAGAGCUGGAUGGCCCUGUUUAUGAGAAAUGUAUGGCUGGAGAUGACUAUUGUGACAGCCCAUACAGUGAGCACGGUACAUUGGAGGAAGUGGAUCAGGACGCUGGUACAGAGCCCCACACCAGUGAAGACGAAUGUGAGCCCAUAGAAGCAAUAGCCAAGUUUGACUAUGUUGGCCGGUCUGCCAGAGAACUGUCCUUCAAGAAGGGCGCCUCCCUGCUGCUGUAUCACCGCGCAUCCGAGGACUGGUGGGAAGGCAGGCACAACGGGAUCGAUGGGCUUGUGCCCCACCAGUACAUAGUGGUGCAGGAUAUGGACGAUACAUUUUCAGACACUCUGAGCCAAAAAGCUGACAGCGAGGCCAGCAGUGGGCCAGUUACUGAAGACAAGUCUUCAUCCAAGGACAUGAACUCCCCAACAGAUCGUCAUCCUGAUGGCUAUUUGGCCAGACAAAGAAAAAGAGGAGAGCCGCCCCCUCCAGUAAGGCGUCCUGGCAGGACCAGUGAUGGCCAUUGCCCCCUCCACCCCCCGCAUGGUCUUUCCAACUCCUCCAUUGACCUGGGGUCCCCAAGCCUGGGAAGUCACCCCCGGGGCCUGCUGCAGAGCCGUGGCCUCAACAAUGACAGUCCGGAGAGGAGGCGUCGUCCAGGCCAUGGCAGCCUGACCAACAUCAGCCGUCACGACUCCCUCAAGAAGAUCGACAGCCCUCCUAUUAGAAGGUCCACAUCAUCAGGGCAAUACACAGGCUUCAAUGACCACAAGCCACUGGACCCAGAGACAAUUGCUCAGGACAUUGAAGAGACGAUGAACACUGCUUUGAAUGAACUCCGAGAACUGGAGAGACAGAGUACAGCCAAGCAUGCCCCUGAUGUGGUGCUGGAUACCUUAGAACAAGUGAAAAACUCUCCCACCCCAGCCACGUCCACGGAAUCUCUCAGCCCUUUGCACAAUGUCACCCUCAGGAGCGCGGAGCCUCAGAUUCGACGUAGCACUAGCUCCUCCAGUGACACAAUGAGUACUUUCAAGCCUAUGGUGGCGCCCAGAAUGGGCGUGCAGCUGAAGCCCCCAGCCCUUCGGCCAAAACCUGCUGUUCUUCCAAAAACAAACCCUGCCAUGGGACCUGCCCCACCUCCCCAGGGUCCAGCAGACAAGUCUUGCACAAUGUAAAAACCAACCAAGUGAGGUGAUUUGAAAAAAAAAAAAAAUGGAUUAGUGACAAAAGUCAGUGAUCCAUAACCUUCCUUAGUCGUGUGCUUAUAACUGGAGAUCUUUUGGCUUUUCUAUGUUAUCGAAUGUAAUGUCUGAGACUAGCUAAAUUAACACGGGCAUUUGUAUUUUGUAAUUUUUUUUUUAAUAACUGGACAUAUCUUAUGUCAUUUUAAAGACAAGAGAAACACUUAGACUUACUUGAAAAUCCAAUGCUGCACCAUUUGUAAUGAAGGCAACACCGCUCUGCCCUGCACACCGCACAGUGCUUCUGGCUUAGUGUAGCAGGACGUCGGAGUCAGAGACAUGGGGUGCUAAAGGCACGAGAAAUAUCUCACAGUCAGUGCCAAUAACCAGUGUUGGCCUGUGGCACUUGGGGUGAUGCUGAAAGGUGACAGUGGCAUAGUUUGGUUCCUGACAAGGAGCACCUCUGAUUCCAUGCAGUGGGAUGGGGGUCGGCUCUUGCUAUAGCCUUGCUGUCGUCGCGGUGGGGUAUUCCCAGCGGAUCUUAGGCCCACUGUCUGAAUAACCAGGAUGAUUGGCCUGUUUCAUAACAGUCCUUUCCCUGGAGCCAGGUUAAAGUCUCAGCAGGUGGGGGUAGAACCCCUGCAGUGACUGUUGGAACUGAAGCUGGGAAAUAAGAGGGGGACAGUCAUUCAGAGGUGUUGCUGGGGAUUCUCCAGGAGCCUGAUCAGGCCCCAGAGGAUAUACCCAGUCCAUCCCCCGCAUUCGCAAAGGACUAAGACGGUCUAAUUUUAAAGCCUUUCUGGUUACACUACUCCAUCAACUCCUCCAGAGAUCGGUUGUUGCCUAGACGAUUCUGGCUCCUCUAAACCCCCAUAUCUUUCUCUGCGGCAAUGGAGAAAGCACACCGCACACGCGCACGAGGCCUUGCUUUGCUCAGCCUUCCCUCCCCCUGACUAGAUGACCUGGGUUCCUUUCAAUGUGCUCCAGAGCCCUGGUGAUCCUAAACUGAAUCCCUAGCGCCCCUCUUCAUUGGUCUCUUGGAGCCAACCUAGAACUGGUCAUGGUUCUGGAGAAAGAGCCGUACCAGCCACAGUGGGAGGAUUACUUCAUGGUUCCAGGUUGAUUUCCUCCCAGUUCUGCACCCUGGAUCCAUGAGAUUUUGUUUUUUCCAUGUGCUCUCUAUCGAAGUCACAUAGUCAGCCGAACCCCAUUGGAAGACCGUCUUGGUCCGGCAUCUUAAUGCAUAGCCUGCUUUUCUUUAGCCCAUAUUUAUGCUCUAUUUUCCCCUCUAUCUUAAAAAGGUUGCUUUGAAUUCUGUUGUUUUUACUAAGGUACAGAUCACCCCUGUCCUACAAGCAGCCCUUUAUCAUCUGUAAAGCUAGGAGUAUUUUAUCUACUCUGUCCUUGAACUUGACUGAUGAAGAGAAUUUUUUUUUUCUUUUUUUCAGAAACAUGGAUGGCCAGAACUAACCCCUCUGGACCACUCUGAUUUCCUUCUAGGUUUGGGUUCAAACUGGCAGCCAGCUGCAUGGCCACCUGAGAGUUACAAUAUGGACUCUGACUUAGCAGCCCAUUGGUGAAUGUGCCAGUGUGGGAAAAAAAAAUGGGGACCUGUAGUAAAAUCAAGGUCAUGACUUUGAUCUCUACCUCAGUUUGCCAGUCUGAUCAUUCUGAUGCAGAGAGAGAUUACAUGAAAUGUUAGCUUUCAAAGUCAUACUGCUGGUCGCUUGCCUGAGCCUAAUUUCACAAAUGGGUUAAAUAGUGAAAAAAAAUUUUUUCAAGUAUUGUAAACCUCAACCAUCCUUUUUGCCUGCCCAGCUCAGCAUCUUGUGCGACCAACCCCCCACCCAACCCCGCCCCAAGCCCAUUUCUCUUGAGCUUUAGUGAUCCUUUAGCACCUUUGGACACCAUGGAAACCCAGCCACACCUGAGCUCUGAAGAGCACGAACCCUUUUCAACAAUCUCCCCAAAUUCCUAGAAAAUUUAAUAAUCCCCCUGUUCUUUCUAGAUUCCACUUUGGUCUCUAACAGUCUGUUGUUAGAUAGGAAACAGAGACAGACAAAAAGGUGGAAGCAAUGGGGGUGUGGGGAAGAAACUUUACAUCUUUUAGAAAUCAAAAUAAAUAGGAUUCUUAAAAACCACUUCUGUUUUUAAUGGAACAGUAAGAUGUUAAGAGGGGGCAUUGCAAGGGCAGAGGUGUUUUGAAUUUAUUAAUUUGGGAGGGUUCUUUUACAAGCUUUAACUUUAGCUUUUCAGAUCUUACUCCUGCCAGCUCAUGUCUUCAGACUUCGCCCUGGUGUCUCCUCUCUUUGGUGUUUACACCUGUGAUGGAAGGAGGACUGCCUUUCCACCCACCUAACCCGGACUCUGCUGCCUCAGUUGGCAGUGGACAUGCCGCUCUAGACCUCAGAGCUUCCGAGGCUGUGCCUUCUUUCAGGAAACAGCUCCUAAUACCCUCCCAUCACUCUCUGUAUUUGCCUGUCUCUGUCCUUUCUCUCUAUAACUCUAUUGUCACCCUGAGGCUUUUUUUUUUUUAAUUCCUAGGGAAGCUUGUGAUCUUAGAGUGAGUGAGGACUCAAUAAGGACUCAGCUAUCCUUACCUUGUUUAGUAAAAGUCUUCAGAUUCCAAGGAUAAGACAAGGUGGCCGCUUCACAAAGGAUGCAAAAUAACACCCAGUAAGUUCCUUCAAAGUGUCAGCAGCUUAGAGGAUUCACCUGUAUGUGGCCCUCUUCACAGCCAUGGGUGUGACUUGAUGGGAGGACACAAGGAAUGGGGAGAGAAGAAGGAAAGUAAGUCCCUGAGAUGUUAUGCCCGGCUUUCAAGGACCUUACUGGUCCUUAGGUGCAGUUUGGGAAGCGGGUCAUUUUGAUGAUGAGUAAAUGCUGGUUCUACAAAAAUUACCUGACUCCACUUACCCAAGAAUGCGUAUUCACAGUUGAUAUAACUGAAUGUUCAUGUUCCAUGCAUGGAACUCACUGAAACAGAUUAACCAAAUUGGCCUUUCGGUUUGGUUGGGGAUGUUUGGAAUGGAUUGUUAGAAUGGAGUGAAUGGCUCUUAGUACCUGUUUUCUGAUGAGUGUUCUGUAAAUGAUUUCAGUCUGUUGAAUGGCCCUUUGUAGAGCUCUAUGUUCAAGGUCGGCCUAAAUGCCAUUGUUCAACAGUUUUGCACGUUUUCACACAAUGUAAUCUGACUUUGGUGCCCCGCGAGCAAACCAUAGAAUAAGGUACAGCAGGGUCCCACUUAAUCUGUGAGGGGGAUGAACAGUGAUGAGUGGAUAUAGAGCACCAAGGGUCAGAUUGUAUGAGUUUUCUGUCUUUGUACAUUUGUCCUUCCCCAAAAUGGGAUAAUUUAAUCAAUAGUAGUCUCAUUAGCAUUUGGGAAUGAAGCAUAGCCUCUGCGGUCUACAAGCUGAAGAAACUUUGGAUCUCUUGGGUUUAGAAGACUUCAGGUUUGGGAUGACAAGUAGUCCUGACCACAGUAGUGAGAAGCCAUGAAUGUGGAAGAUGUGCCUGGGACUGAGGCUUGCUCUGAGUUUUCCACCCCAGAGGCCCUGAGCCCAGGGCAGCUUAGAAGGAAAGGUUCUUCCCACAUCUGAAUAGAGCUCUCUACUCCAGAACAGCCCCUGAGCUAAAACCAACCUCCAGCUGGGCUGGGGUGUCAGGCAUGGAGCAGGGUAAUUCUGGCAUAGCUUUGUUCAAAUCAGUAAAACAAACAGAAAAUUUGAGCUUUCACUUACCCACCCUAGUAUCCUUUCUUUAAAAAAAAAAAUAGUCUACGUGGUAUAAUCGAAAUGGGUACUUGUAUCUUUAAAUUUCGUAGGUAAUUUUGUAUGUUUAAAUAAUUGUACUGGGUUCCAUAAUGCUUAUCUUAGAAACUGAUUAGUAAAAGAAAAUAUAUAAACUGUGCAUUUGUGAAUGCCCCCCUUUAGAACAUUCAUCCAAGUUCAGUGUGUAGUGUGAUGGUUAUUAUAGAUGUUUAAAAGUAUAGUAAGUGGCUGUGUAACAGGAGAGACUGCUAUUUACCUAUGGACUUAAGGGUAACUCCUGCCCACGUAAACAAAUCAGUAUUGUCCUUUCCUGUCGGUUUGAUCAGUUGCAGUACUGGUGGCUUCCUGCUUGUGACUGUUACCUAAUCGUGUCAAUGUACAUCUGUAGUAUGUACAUGUGAAAGUGCCUUUCUAUUUUAGAGGAGUUUUAGCCUUGCUCUCUACUGUUGCCCCGCCCACCUCCACUCCCUGCCCCCAUUUCUCCACCCACUUGAGUGUUUUGGAAUUUCCUCUGCUCUCUCCCAGCUUCUUCACCAUCCCCAUCUUUCUGUGCCUCAGUGCUCAGUAUUGUCCCGUCUUGCAUCCUUGUCUGCCAUCAGGCACGUCAUUUUCCUCUUGUGUCCUUUUCCUCUUAGCCAUGACUGUGCCUUUCCCUCCCCAAAGUAACUCCAGGUCUCCCACACCUCACCACCCCUCCCCUGCCCACGUGCUGCUGACGGCCAUCCAUCCUUCGCCUCUACUCUGUAAUGCCUCUUACCAAGACAUUCCCUUGUCUGUGAGGUGAAAGUGAACGGGGAUGCUUUUCUAGUUCUGGAAGGAAAAAAAAAAAUGUUUUGUUAAUCUGUUGUGACAAUGCACUUUUAUGUAUAGUACUGUACAUUUUGGCAUGUACCAUUCCAGGCUUCAGUAUACAGUCAGGUCUGUUCUUCACGGUGUAUCUUUAUAAUAAAGAAGAUAGUUCCGGCCGCUA